UGGACUGCUGAUUAUACUGACUCACACUUCUGCAGCAGUCUGCGUCUCCUCAUCGCGACGGUCGCAACUCAUUUUGCUGUGGUUGCGGGCAGCUCUCGGAGCACGCCGGCAGAGAACCAGAGCACCACCCGAACCAGAGCCGUUGUGAUGGAGCUGUGACCGCGGCCGCUGGAGCACACUGGUGGAGCAGACUGGAGAAGCAGACCAGUGGAGCAGACCGGAGGAGCAGACCGAAGGAGCAGACCAGAGUAGCAGACCAGAGUAGCAGACCAGAGGAGAAGACCGGACGAGCAGUCCGGACGAGCAGACUGGACGAGCAGAGAUGCUGAGCCCGGCGGUGCUGCGGGGGUCCCUGUUUCUCAUUAUCUUCUGCUCCCACCCUGGAGCCCCCUCCAUUACCACAAGGUUUCCGACCAUCAGAGACAAGACGUGGAGAGGUCAAAGAUCAUGCCCGCUGGUCCUGGCCCCUCCCCCUCCCCUCUUCCCUCCGUUCUCACGCAAAGAAGAGCUAAUGGUUGACAUAACGGAUCAGAUAACGGGACUCAACGGAGACAAGGGCUGCAGGGGGACCAGAGGACAACAGGGUAAGCCUGGACCCUCAGGGUCUCCUGGAGAGACAGGGUCACCUGGAUCGAUGGGACCCCCCAUGAAGGGGAAAAGGGGGGAGCGAGGUUGGAGAGGACUCUAUGGAGACGUAGGGACACCUGGAUUCAUCAAGGGAAGGGCUGGAAACAAGGGAGCCACGGUGAGUACUACUGACAGACAACUGACGGACAGACGAUAGACAGACAGACAGACAGACAGACAGACAGAGAAAUGACAGACAGACUGACAGGCGCGAGACAGAUGACAGACAGACAGACAGAAAGACAGAGGAGAGACAGAUUACGGUCAGACAGCCUGUGUUGUCCUCGUGUCCUCCUCAGGGGGUGAGGGGGAGACC